GGCCGCAGAGCAACUUCCUCUAGAGGGAGCUGAUUGGAGCGGGAGCCGCCGGCACCUCUAUGAUCGCCAAAGCCUCGCGGGUCCUGAAGGCCGCGCUGGGGCCAGCCCAGGCUGCAUCCUGACACCAGGAACUCACUGGCGCCCGUCUCUGGAGGCCGAGCCUGGGUACCUUACCCUGGGAGUGGCCACUGGCCACUGGGAUCACCGGCCUCCGCCCUGCUGAGCCAACCCAGGCCUGGGCCAGGGUCUGGGCAGGACCUGAGAGAUGGCAUCCGGCCAAGGCCCAGGCCCCCCCAGCCAGGGCUGUGGAGAGCCCGACCCCUCGUCCACAUCAGAGGAGCAGGUGGCCCGGGACACGGAGGAGGUUUUCCGCAGCUACGUUUUUCACCGCCAUCAGCAGGAGCAGGAGGCCGAGGGGGCAGCUGCGCCCACCGACCCAGAGAUGGUCACCCUGCCCCUAGAACCUAGCAGCACCAUGGGGCAGGUAGGCCGCCAGCUCGCCAUCAUUGGGGACGACAUCAACCGGCGAUACGACUCGGAGUUCCAGGCCAUGCUGCAACACCUGCAGCCGACAGCGGAAAACGCCUAUGAGUACUUCACCAAGAUCGCCUCCAGCCUGUUCGAGAGUGGCAUCAACUGGGGCCGAGUGGUGGCUCUUCUGGGCUUUGGCUACCGCCUGGCCCUGUACGUCUACCAGAGGGGCCUGACCGGCUUCCUAGGCCAGGUGACCCGCUUUGUGGCCGACUUCAUGUUGCAUCACUGCAUCGCCCGGUGGAUUGCGCAGAGGGGUGGCUGGGUGGCAGCCCUGGAUUUGGGAAAUGGCCCCAUCCGGAACGUGCUGCUAGUUCUGGCUGUGGUUUUGCUGGGCCAGUUUGUGGUACGCAGAUUCUUCAGGUCAUGACUCCCAGAGGGGCCCUUUGGGGUCCUGAGACCCCUUUAUGGACUUUGGCCCAGCCUUAUCCCCUCCCCUCCUCCCCUGCAGGGGUCCCCCCGCAAGAGUACAGGAGCUUUAGCAAGUGGGCACCCCAGCAUUGGAGGCCCCCAUGAAGGAGUCGGUCAGGCUGCAGGGGUGCCCCAUCAUUGUGUGGUGCUAAUGGGCCCCUCUCAGAGGGGCUGUGACCCCUCCCCUAGCCCAUCUGCUGGGCGUGGAGAGAUUGAUAACUUGGGGGAUAGGCCAGGAGCCACUUCUCCCCAAGGAGUUUUAGCUUUUCCUGAUACCCUUGGGAGGACAGCCCAUCCCCAGCACUCUGCCCAAGGCUAGGAUGGCUGGGGGGGUGGGGGGGGCGGCAGCAGCUCUGCCCCAGGAUUCUGCCCUUUGGGAAGGGCAGAGCCUGAGAGUUGGGCCUGGAGCCCAGGCCCUUCCUGAAUAUCAUAUUCUCUGGGAACAGGACUGGUGGAGGGUGGGGGGCGGGGAGGUGCUGCUGGACUUCCCCCCUCCCCCCCAUCCCUCCAUCCCCCAUUGCCACUGCAGUUGGACUCAGGGAUUCUGGGGCAGGGGUGCAGACCAGAGCUGUCUGAAGCCCUCCAUCAGCUCCUGCCAAGCCUGCCUCCUGAGGUCCUCCCCGUCCCCCACCCUCACCUGUUCCUACUUGCUCCCACCCCAUUCACUACAAAUGAAGUUCACCCCGUCCCCAUCACCCCAACUAAGGCAGGCAGGGGUCUUGGGUGCUGCAGUCCUGAGGACGGGCCUUGCUCAGACUGCAGGGUUUAGGUUUGUUACUAUCAGGGAAAGGGGUAGGGAGCUCAUCUUGAGGGCUGUGAACACCACUAGGAACCCUGGGGUUGGGACCCUCCCUUGUGGCCAGGGCACUGUGUAAUCGGGGGUGUGGCUAGAGGAACUGUGAACUUGAACUCGACCCCCAAUCUCCACCUGCCACACUGCACACCUGCUUAAGCCCCUGGCGUGGGGAGCAGGCUGUCUACCUUGCACUGCAGGGGUUUGGAGGUGGCGGGGAAGGAGUUCUUGAUUAUACUAAAUGCAGGGAGGGGGUGCAGUUGGAGAGGGCUGGCCACUGCCCAACCUCUGAGUGUAUCUGAAAAUAAACUGCAACCCCCCCA